AACACAGCUUACCCACCUGAAUCUCACAAGACUUAAAUAAUGAGAGUCCCUACACUAAAUCUGCCAGCCAGACAAAGCCGCCUGACGGAGCAUUGGCUGUGAGGAGACAGAGCAUCCCAGAAGAGUUCAAGGGCUCUACCGUGGUGGAGCUGAUGAAGAAGGAGGGCACCACGCUCGGGUUGACGGUAUCAGGAGGAAUCGACAAGGAUGGCAGGCCAAGAGUGUCCAACCUGCGGCAGGGAGGAAUUGCUGCCAGAAGUGACCAGCUGGAUGUGGGCGACUACAUCAAAGCCGUGAACGGAAUCAACCUGGCCAAAUUCCGCCACGACGAGAUCAUCAGCUUGCUGAAAAAUGUCGGGGAAAGAGUGGUCCUGGAAGUGGAGUAUGAGCUCCCACCUGUCUCUGUACAAGGGUCGAGUGUUAUGUUCCGAACAGUGGAGGUCACUUUGCACAAGGAAGGCAACACCUUCGGCUUUGUCAUACGAGGGGGAGCACACGAUGACAGAAAUAAGUCUCGUCCGGUUGUGAUAACCUGUGUUCGUCCCGGAGGGCCUGCUGACAGAGAGGGCACCAUCAAACCUGGAGACAGGUUGCUCAGUGUGGAUGGAAUUCGGCUUCUUGGAACUACCCAUGCUGAGGCCAUGAGCAUUCUUAAACAGUGUGGACAAGAGGCGACGCUCCUGAUAGAAUACGAUGUCUCCGUGAUGGAUUCUGUGGCAACAGCAUCCGGGCCACUACUAGUUGAAGUUGCCAAAACUCCUGGCGCCAGCCUUGGGGUUGCCCUAACUACCUCAGUGUGCUGUAACAAACAGGUCAUCGUCAUAGACAAAAUCAAAUCUGCAAGUAUUGCAGACAGAUGUGGGGCGCUACAUGUGGGCGACCAUAUCCUCUCCAUUGACAGCACGAGCAUGGAGUACUGUACACUCGCAGAAGCGACCCAGUUCCUGGCCAACACCACUGACCAGGUCAAGCUGGAGAUUCUCCCGCACCAUCAGACCCGCCUGGCCCUGAAGGGACCUGACCACGUGAAAAUUCAAAGGAGCAGCAGACAACUUCCCUGGGAUUCCUGGGCCAGCAACCCAAGCAGUCUUCACACCAACCAUCACCCUAAUCCGUACCACCCAGACCAUUGCAGAGCGCCGGCCCUGACCUUCCCGAAAGUGCCUCCUCCAAAAAGUCCUCGUAAUGUUCCACACUUUCUCCUCCUGCUCCUUCAUUUGGUUAUCUUCUCCUCAUGCCUCCUUCCCCUCACUUACGUCAUCUCCAGCUUCGUGGGUGUUGCCUGCUUCCUGUUGUCGCUGUUUCUUCGUACUAACAACUCGUCCUUUCUGGCCUCGGGCUUCUUCUUUUCUACUGUCUUUAUGAAAGGACGCAAGGGGAUGGCGAGGUCGCUUAAUGAUAGGUGGCUUGCCUUGCAUGUGUGA